AUGAGCGCACAACAGACAAACACUACAAAUGACGCGUACACGUUCAUUCGCAAUGACCUCCCCGACGUCAACGCACUGAUAAUGACACUUCAACACUCGAUGGAAGAACACAUCACAACGGCACAACUGACGUUUCCACACAACAUCGACACAUUAGAUGAAGAUAGUGCAAUAGCUGUGUUAAAUGAGUGUGUGUUGAAUGAAGAGAAGAGUGAAGAGAAUUGCGUCAAGUUUUCACGUGCGAUCAAGAAGACCGUUGCAGUGUUAGUUGAUGUCGUCGACUUGUUGAAGUCAGCGGGGAGUGCGUGUGAACGUGAUGGUGACAGUAUUGUAACAUUUCGAAAUAAAGUGUUACAAAUGAUAGUUGAUCGUGAGAGGAGUCGUGUUGAGAAGGAGCUUACAACAAACACAUUUCGAAAGGCGCAGAUCCUUGACACGUUCGAAGAGAGAAAAGCUGAAAUUGUGAUGCGCAAGAAGUCGUCGAUAUUUGCUGUUAAUGACAUUGUAAAGACAACAGAAGAGACGCCACACAACCCUUUUAAUGACGAGAAAGACGUGAAGAAGACGAAAAGCAAACCAGUGAAGAAACAGAAGAACAUCAAAGAGAGCAAAAGCACUGAGAAGACUGAACGGGGUGUUGCACAGAAGUGUCCGAAGCCAAUCUACGCAAAAGGUGCUGAGAAAGGAAGUGGACACAACACCACUGUGGCUGUGGAAGAACAGAAGAAAGAGAACAGUGAAUUGCCUGAAGUACCACCAUACACCACAAUCAUAGAACCCAACAAUAACAAUUGUAACAAUACUAAUAGUAGUAAAGAAGUGAAGGAGGAGACCAGUGAUGUAGUUACAAUAUAUACAAAUGAGAAGACCGACAAAUCAACAGACUUAGAAACAAGUUUUUCAGGGGGAAACGAGUCAUAUGAAGAGAGUCAAGGGUUUCACAGUUUGUCGACGAAUGUGAGAAGUGUGACUGAAAUGUCCCAAAGUGUGUCAUUUGAGUCUGAUGUGUUGAGUGCAGCAGAACGGAACCAACUUGGUGUUUGGAGUGAGAGUCGUGUAGGGAGUGGGGUGUUUGAUUAUGCGUAUGACACAUCGCGGUAUUGCAGUCAGAAACUAGUGAAGCGGAUAAGUGGGUGCGAUGGAUUUGUUCUGGUCAUUGUGUGUGGGACAACAGUCUUUGGUGUUGUUGUGAAGGCAAAAGUCGAGAAAACGGGGGAGUUCACACGUGACGACAACGCCUUUGUGUUUUGUCUUCGAGAGAAUGGUGUUGCGAACUACAAGAAAUAUCCGAUUCGUGGUGGGAUGUGUAAUGUUGCGAUGUUGGUUGGGAAGAAGGCGGGGACAAAGUUCUUUGAUGUGGGCAAAGGGGACAUCAAAGUGUGGUUCAGAAAGCCAGAGAUGAAGAUGGUGUGUCGGUGCAAACAGCAUUCGUAUGAAUAUGGGGACACCCGUGAGACGGCGUGUGGCACUUCAAAAGACGAGAUGACAGUCGACAGGUUUGUCGUUUUCAGACUUGAGAAGAUCUAA